UGGCCUUGUAUGCAUGUGUCCCUUUGUGAAGGGAGACAUGUGAGAAGCCGGAAGAUAGAACACCAUAUGUUGCCUAUAUAAUGUACAAACACAUAUACAUACAGCCUAUGGUUUUUGCAGCAAAAUGGAAGACAACAGAUUGAGACUGUAUGCAAUAGCUAGUAUUUACCCUAUAACCCUUUCUUUGUCUCUUCCUUCCAUUGGCAAACCAGUCACUUUGGCCUGCUGCCAAUACCAAGUGCAUUUCGGGGCUGUAUUUCCAUUUACAUGUUUUAGGGACACUGGCAGUUGGUUCAGAAAUUCAAAAUACAGCAAGUCUUUUUAGGAGCUCCCUGAGCUAUACAUCUCAAAGUAGCUUAGUCAGCAAGAUUUCCUUUUAUUCAACUUUUUCCCAUUGCUGGAAGAACUAGAGAAAUGCUUCUAAAUGGAUGACUUAAGUUGUACAGGAAAGGUAACCACUCUCAGGAAACAGUUUUGAAGACCAUCACAGGGAAUAGUCUAAAAAGCUGGGAAGAGCUGCUGUGUCUGAAAGGUGGAUUCUUUCACCAAGGAAGCUGAAUAUACCAGAAUUAAGAUUUUAUAUUGUGUGCUUACUGUGAAGAGAAUAGAACAGGAUGCAGAUGUGGUGGAUGGAGAUGGCGAACUGAUGGACUACAGGUUAACUAUCUAGGAAAAUCAGUUGUAAAAGAAAUAAUGCUCAUCUAGAAGGGAGAAAGAUGCCCCAGUUUAUUCUGCUUGGGUUUAUUUGGCAGGACCUGAUCAACUGCUUCACACUGUAGCGACAUUCUGUGUCCUUCCCACUGAGAAACACCUUCAGGAGGGUAGCUGGAAGGGUGCAGGCACAGAAUUGCCCUGUAACAGGAAGCUUACAGCCCAAGUGUUACUUAUCCAUAAUGCCACUGCUGGCCACUGCUUGAUUUCCCAUCAGGAGCUCCUUAACAGAUCAGCCAGCCAAUAAGCUUUGGCUAAGAAUACUCUUCUGACAAAGGCUAAAACUGGUAGAGUUAGUGGAUACCUUUGCAAGUUACAUUAUUAAUCCAACCUAUCUUUCUACUAGUUAUUCUGUGUUCCAAAUGCCAAUUACUCAUCUGUUGUAUUUUAACUAACAAGUAAAUUUGUUAAUUUUAACCAAGGUAAUUAACUGUAACAGCCAAGAGUAAUUUAGCCGCAAAUCCGUACAUAGCUUGCCAUUUUCUGGUACCAUUUCGGAAGUGUGUUACAAAACUCAUGCACAUGUUUCUGAGGCUGUGCUGUCUUUCUCUACAAAUCCUGCUUAUUCUUUGUGUAUUAAUGGAUACACUAAGGUUGGUACAAAUAACAGUGUAAUGAAGAGUAAUUUGAGCAAAUAAGAAGGGAGAAAACAGUAAAACACAGAGGCAGAAACACAGAAAAGUGAUAAAGCCUAGGAGCUCUUAAGUAAAGGCAUUACAACCUCUGGCUACUAGGUAGCAUGCUGCAGGAUUUACUGAGUGUGAUUUUGGAUAAGGAAGAAAAAAGGUCACUCAGUUGUCAGAACUUCACAAAGACAACACUAUGCAGGUAGUCAGCCUAAGUUAUUUUCUUUUUCUAGUUACUUUUUCCACAUAACAUUAGAGGUUGGUGGUACAGGACAUAACUUAUGUCACAGGCCAUACAGGUGAAAGCAGAUCCCCAUCACCACAGGAUACCCAUGGUUUGAUUAUAGUGUUUUUCCACAGCCUUACAAAAUACAAGUAUUUGGAAUAAGUCAGGUUGCUCAUUUCUUACCUUCAGCCUAAUGAGUCCUCCUCACACGGUGCAGCUGCCUUUCUCACAGAGCAGUGGAGUUAAUGGAUUGUAGAAAUGCUGUUUGGUUUUGGUCUUCCCCCUUGGUAAGCUUUGACAACUCCUCUCUCCUCCCCACAACAACCCAACCAUUAACUUCCCUCUCCCUGCUCCCUUUAUACCACUCUGCAGGCCUACCACCAUCCCAGGUGUGAGAGUGCCAUAGUGAUUUCUUGUUCUUUAACCCUUCCUUGUCCACAUGUUAGGAGGAGCCUGUCCUGGUACAAACCAUACAGUACAGCCUUUCAAAAGCACUACAGCUUUUGAAGAAUUCAUCCAACACAUCUUACGGUUUUCGAGAAGUAAAUUUGAUGGUGCCCUUUUGAAGAGUUCCUGACUCUUAGUAGUCAUCAAAUAUGCAGCUCCCAUUGGGUGUACUGUACUGCCCUUGAUUUCUCUUUCUUUCUGAAAUCCUGAAAUGUUCAAGAGUGUUUACUUGCUCAGUGCUUGUACAUCUCUUAGACAUAUAUAUUUUCAUUAACGCCAUUUCCUGUUGAUUCAUCUAAGCAAUGCUCCAGCAACGGUAUGUGGAGUGGAAAAAUGAAUCAAUCUGGGCAGUCUCCUUAAUGGGUGAUUUGUUUUGUAAUUUGUACAAAGGAAUUUCUCCAAGGAAACUGUUUGCUUUCUUCCCAAACACUUGGUUGCCUAACUCUGAUCGGAACAAAACUCUGUCUUUAUAGCUCAUCUCAAAAUUGUUUCAACUUGCAGUCCAGUCCCCACAUCCUCUUGUUUGUUCAGCAUUCCCUGGGAAGCUCCACCCUCACUUCCAGCUAAUAACCACGUUAGCCCACAGCCUGAUUUUUCCCAGUUUCUCCUUUGCCUGCUCUUCAGCCCUUGCUUUCUCUUUGGCCACCAGCCUUGCAAGCAGGGAUCGACUGCACGUGGUGGCAUUUGUGCUGGCAGUGGCAGUCCAGGACUUCUUGUGUCAAGCAGCCUCAUCUGCUUGCUGUGAAGCACAGCAUGAUUGUGGGGACAGUCCUUUUCCAGUCUAGCAGCUAUGGCAAAGAAGGCAAGCUGCUCUGCUGCCUUGGCAAGGAAGCCUCUGAGCCUGGCGUGAAUUUCACAGAGGCCCUGCACCGCCCAUAUGGUUGCGAUGUUGAACCCCAGGCACUGAAUGAAGCCAUCAGAUGGAGCUCCAAGGAGAACCUGCUUGGAGCCACUGAGAGCGAUCCCAAUCUCUUUGUUGCACUUUACGAUUUUGUAGCAAGCGGUGACAACACCCUCAGCAUCACCAAAGGUGAGAAAUUGCGAGUCCUGGGUUACAACCAGAAUGGUGAAUGGAGUGAGGUACGUUCGAAGAAUGGGCAGGGCUGGGUACCAAGCAACUACAUCACACCAGUGAACAGCCUGGAAAAGCAUUCAUGGUACCAUGGGCCAGUGUCACGCAGUGCAGCGGAGUAUCUGUUGAGCAGUCUCAUCAAUGGCAGCUUCCUGGUUCGUGAAAGCGAGAGCAGCCCAGGGCAGCUGUCCAUCUCGCUCAGGUACGAAGGACGUGUUUACCACUACAGGAUCAAUACCACCUCAGAUGGAAAGGUAUAUGUGACAGCAGAGAGCCGUUUCAGCACUCUAGCAGAGCUGGUGCACCAUCACUCAACAGUAGCAGAUGGACUGGUGACAACUUUGCAUUACCCGGCACCCAAGUGCAAUAAGCCCACUGUCUAUGGAGUGUCCCCCAUCCAUGACAAGUGGGAGAUGGAGCGAACCGAUAUCACCAUGAAGCACAAACUUGGGGGAGGGCAGUAUGGUGAGGUGUACGUGGGUGUCUGGAAGAAAUACAAUCUCACAGUUGCUGUGAAAACAUUAAAGGAAGAUACCAUGGAAGUGGAAGAGUUCUUGAAAGAAGCUGCUGUGAUGAAGGAGAUCAAGCACCCAAAUCUAGUGCAGUUGUUAGGUGUAUGUACCCUGGAGCCACCCUUUUACAUUGUGACAGAAUACAUGCCAUAUGGGAACCUGCUAGACUACUUACGGGAGUGCAACCGGGAGGAAGUGAGUGCUGUCGUGCUACUCUACAUGGCUACUCAGAUCUCUUCUGCUAUGGAGUACCUGGAGAAGAAGAAUUUCAUUCACAGGGAUCUGGCAGCACGGAAUUGUUUAGUUGGAGAAAAUCACGUUGUGAAGGUGGCUGACUUUGGCUUAAGUCGACUUAUGACUGGAGAUACCUACACAGCUCACGCUGGAGCCAAGUUCCCAAUCAAAUGGACGGCUCCUGAGAGCCUGGCCUAUAACACCUUUUCAAUCAAGUCAGAUGUGUGGGCUUUUGGGGUGCUGUUAUGGGAGAUUGCUACCUAUGGGAUGUCACCAUACCCAGGCAUUGACCUCUCUCAGGUGUAUGAUCUGCUGGAAAAGGGCUAUCGGAUGGAACAACCAGAGGGGUGUCCUCCAAAGGUCUAUGAACUGAUGAGGGCAUGCUGGAAGUGGAACCCACCAGACCGACCUUCCUUUGCUGAGACCCACCAGGCUUUUGAAACCAUGUUCCACGACUCGAGCAUCUCAGAGGAGGUAGCAGAGGAGCUUGGAAGAACAGCCUCCUCCUCAUCCAUAGUUCCUUACUUGCCCCGGUUGCCCAUGCUUCCCUCCAAGACUAGAACACUGAAGAAACAGGCAGAGAACAAGGAGAACAUUGAGGGAACACAGGAUACUGUGGAGCACUCAGCUUCCAGUUCAGCACCAGGUUUUAUCAGAAGCACACAGCCAACAAGUGGGUCUCCUGCACUGCCUCGCAAGCAGAGGGACAAGUCACCCAGCAGCCUAUUGGAGGAUGCCAAAGAGACCACUUUCACCAGGGACAGAAAAGGUGGCUUCUUCAGCUCCUUUAUGAAGAAGAGGAAUGCUCCCACACCUCCCAAACGCAGCAGUUCCUUCCGGGAGAUGGAGAAUCAGCCACAUAAGAAAUAUGAGCUGACUGGUAACUUUUCAUCUGUUGCUUCCUUGCAGCAUGUGGAUGGGUUCUCUUUUGCUCCCACGCAGCAGGACGCAAGCCUAGCACCACCUAAGUGCUACGGUGGGGGCUUUGUGCAGAGGACCUUCUACAACGACGAUGGCACUGGUACCAGCAGUGGUGGGGGCGUAAGCACUGGUGGUGGGUGGUCGGGCAUCACUGGUUUCUUUACACCACGCUUGAUUAAAAAGACACUGGGUUUACGAGCAGGAAAACCCACUGGCAAUGAAGAACCUUCAAAACCUUUUCCAAGGUCAAACUCUACAUCUUCCAUGUCCUCAGGGCUUCCAGAGCAGGAUAGGAUGGCAAUGACCCUUCCCAGAAAUUCCCAGAGAUCAAAACUCCAGCUGGAACGGACAGUGUCCACCUCCUCUCAGCCUGAUGAGAGCAUGGGGAGGGGCAAUGACCUGCUUCCCAAAAGGUUUGAAGAAGGCCCUGCUUUGACCAGAGAGAGACCAAAAGCAAAACUGUUGCCGAGGGGUGCCACAGCACUCCCUUUCCGAAACCCUUCUGCAUUGGAAGACAAGGAGGGUCCAGGGCUAGCAGCAGCUCCUAAGGGCAAGGAAAAAAACAGUGGCCCACGGCAAGGGGCCCUUGAGGAUAGCGAGAAACCAGGGUGGUCAUCUCCAGUAAAGGCUGCAGCAAUACUUCCAACCACUCAUAACCACAAAGUGCCAGUCCUAAUCUCACCCACUCUAAAACACACUCCAGCAGAUGUGCAGCUCAUUGGCACAGACUCUCAGGGUAAUAAAUUUAAGCUCUUAUCUGAGCAUCAGGUCACUUCUUCUGGCGACAGGGACCGUCCCAGACGGGUAAAACCAAAGUGUGCUCCACCUCCACCACCAGUGAUGAGGCUCCUACAACAGCCAGCUGCCUGCUCAGAUGCAGCAGAAGAGCUGAGCAAUGUGGCGGGAGCGCAGCACGGACUGGAAUCAAGUGAAGGGAGUAAGAAGGCAGCAGCAGCAGCACCUAUUGGUGGAAAAUCUGGGAGGCCUGUGGUGCCUCCGCCUCAAGUGCCUCUGUCAUCGUCUUCCACCUCCCCAGUGAAACUGGCCAAUGGCACGGCUGGCGCAAAAGUAGCGCUGAGAAAGACCAAACAGGCAGCUGAGAAAAUCUCCGCAGACAAAAUCAGCAAGGAAGCACUGCUGGAGUGCGCGGAUCUUCUCUCGAGUGCCAUCGCUGAGCCAACGCCAAACAGCCAGCUGGUGGACACAGGGCACCAGCUGUUGGAUUACUGCUCAGGCUACGUGGACUGCAUCCCGCAUACGCGCAACAAAUUCGCCUUCCGGGAAGCCGUGAGCAAACUGGAACUCAGCCUGCAGGAGCUGCAGGUUUCUUCAGCAGCUGCUAGCGUCCCUGGGGCAAACCCCGUCCUUAAUAACUUAUUGUCAUGUGUCCAAGAAAUCAGCGAUGUGGUGCAAAGGUAGCUACUGUCAAUCUGGGUAAGAAAAAUACACAUGGGGAGGGGGGGACUUUUUUUCUGUACUGAUGCUUUCAAAAGGAAAGACUGAUACUUGAGUAUGUGAAGUACCUCAGAUCACUGAGUUCUCCUCACGUUUACAGGUUCAUCUCAAAGAAUGGGGAUGGAGAGGGUAGAUUAAAGCUGUAAGGGGCAAAACAUCAUGCGUUUGUCCCUACCUAGUCAGGCUGAUCUGCUUGGUAUGGCAAGGGAAGGAAGCUCCUUGCUUCUCUCUUGGAGAGGCAGGAGUGUCGAUGGCAGGUUCUAGCUCUGGAAAGGACGCAUUGAUGUGCGAUAGCUGGAGUACUGGAGUGGCUGCAGACCACUUGGAUGUACAGAUCCUCCCCUAUCUGUGCCAAAGUGUGCUUUGGUCUCCUGACACGGCAAAGUAAAGGCACUGGGGCUCUGUUGGUACCAAGUGCCAAGCAGUCUGAGCUGGAGUAGCCGUCAAGAGGGAAGUUAUGUGCAGUUGGGAGAAAGGUCUAAUGCACUGACAGUAUUCAGAGCUGCUGGAGGUGGAUGCACUAGCCCAGAUGGCUUACUUCCACAGCACUGUUGCUGCUGUAAUGAGAACUGCAAAAUUAGUUAAUAUAUUAAACUAUCCCUUUUCCUUCCUGUCCACCUCAUCCACUACAUGUUCUCAUCGGCGUUGUAUCAGAAGCAUCAGGGAUACUGGGCAGACUUACCACUGGAAUAACCCCUUCCCCACAACACAGCCUUGACUCAGUUGAUACUUACUUCUAGUGGUCUCGCACCAGUGCUGCUUGAUGGUCAUUUGUGAGUAGUUUGGGGGUCUUGCACAACUUGCCAGUUAUUGGGGUGGGUGGUUUUUGUUUGGUUUGUUUUUUUUUAAGCUCUAGGUUGUUUCUAUCUUGUUACCAGGUUGACUCCCCCGUUCAGUUUCAUCACCUUGAGGACCCAUAGUAGGUAAGGCAGAGCUUCUGCCACCCCUAGCUGUUCUCCACAUUCCUUUAGUGGUCACAGUGCUGCGGAGCCAGCUGGAGAGCCAGGAAGUACAGCCUGGCCUGCCCAUUACACACCUUCACUCUGCUCCAGGGUUCUCUGGAUCUGUCCCUUAUCUUGGCCUAAUGCUUCAUACUGAGGGCUUCCUGAGAUUUGUUGUAGUGCUUCCUGGUCUUGCAGGCUUCCAGCUUCCUGGCAUAUGAAGGUGACUGUGUAUGGCAGUGCAGAGGAGAAUCACAGCCAUCUUUUUUAUUUCUCCUGUACUUUAAAGGCUAGAUCAGAAUCUUAUGCUGUGGCAAAGGAAACACGCACAUAAACUGCACACUCUCCUGCUUGAGAUGCAACAACAAGCGUUAUGGCUUUGCCUUGGCGUGCUCCCACUGGGUUAUGGUUUCUGAUGUCUGAUGCCUACUAGCAAUGAAUGCAGUUGUGUGGUUGAAGUUGGCUUCCUUGGUCCUAGUGCUAGUUGUAGACUGUUGUGGCAUCAAAAAGCUGGUCUUCUGCCUAUACGCACGACUCCCUGAGAUGUAAAUGUACUGGCAGGUAAGAAGACCUCAACUAAUUUGAUUUGUGAGAAAUGGAAAACAGGCCUGAUAAGCUGGCUCCAAAUACACAUUACCCUGCAUGCUGCUGCUCACUUCACACUAUCGGUGAUGAUAGAGGAUCUCGCUUGCUUUGCACCUUAAAUCUUUUCUUUUUUGCUAAAAUGCUUUUUUAACUUGUUUUUAAAGUGUGACUGUGCUGCUUGUAGUUUGAGCAUUUAGAGUUGAGCUGGGGCACAGGUGUGAAUUUACAAGAUGGGCACUUCCAUUUCUGUCUAGGAUCAUUGCCCUGUUGGUGCUUGAAAGUAGGCUGGGCUGCCUCGGUGAGCGUCCCUGUUUUUUCCAUGGAGCAUAGCAAGACAGAGGCCUGAACAGUCUUUAGAAAUGAUGUCUGAGAAUCCUCAUUUUAUCACUGGUCUGUGGUAAAAGAAGUUGUGUCACAAGACAUGAAUGCACCUCGGUGAACCAGUGUGUGGGGCAAAAAAGACCACGU